AUGUACGGACAAAUAGGGGUUGUACCACUGGUUCCUUCACUGGACUUUGUAGACGGUGAGGGUGCCAAAGUGGUUGAGCUGUCUCUUUUCUUUGUCUCCACUGCUUGUAUUGCAACAUCCAUUUGUGUUCUUUUAGAGUUGAGGUCUGGGUUGUCGGCUACUUCAGUUACGCUUAUUGCACUUCCGUUGAAGCUGCAGGUAGAAGCGAAAAACGAAAAGAUGUAUCAAGUCGUUCGAACCAUCAUGGGGAUCCUCGGAAACUUCACCUCCUUUUGUCUGUUUGCCUCUCCAGUGUUUACUUUUGCAAGGAUCGUCAAGAUGAAAUCGGUGGAGGAAUUCCACCCUUACCCGUACCUUGCUGGAGCGUUGAACUGCUUCUUCUGGGUCUUCUAUGGAUCACCAAUGGUUCACCCAAACAGCAUACUUGUUAUCAUCACCAACAGCAUUGGCUUCGUGUUGGAAUUGGCCUAUCUGGCCAUAUUCUUUCACUUCUCACACAGUAAGAAACAGAGGUUAAUAGUAGUGUUUGGCUUGAUUGGAGAGGCUGUUUUCGCAGCUGGCAUAGCUCUCAUAACUUUGCUAGUCUUUCACAAUACUGACGGAAGAUCUUUGUUCGUUGGAGCCAUCUGUGUUGCCUUCAGCAUCAUUCUGUCCGCCUCUCCGUUGUCUAUUAUGAAACAAGUCAUCAAGACAAAAAGCGUCGAAUUCAUGCCGUUUUGGAUUUGUCUGGCAGGCUUCUGUAACGGCACUGUUUGGGCUGUCUAUGCUUUGCUCCCCUUAGAUCCCUUCAUCUUGACCGGCAACGGAGUUGGAGCUCUUUUGGGAUUCGUCCAGCUCUGUCUGCACACCAAAUAUCGCAAAACUACUCCAAAGGGAGGCAGCAACGACAUGCCUGGCAAGCCAUCUGAGUUGCAGCUCCCAGUCUCACAGAACCAAGUUUCUGUUUGA